UUCCGAUUAUUGUUUUCGCGUAAGAUUAAACGUGCAGCUGAUAACGUUUACCUUGAGUCAAAGCAGGAGACUUGUUAUUUAAAAGUGACAGAGGAUGGCAGAAAAACAAGAUGACGUCAUAUUUGUAAGCAACCUUGAUAGCGCCGGUAAGAAGAAGGCAAAUGAAGAGUUAAAUGAGUUGAAUGAUAAGGAUAGGGAGUUAGCAGUGCAGAGCCUUCGAUGGUGGGUUUUACAACAGAAAUGGCUCCGGGCACCCACUGAUUUCGGGUUUCUACUACGGUUUCUGCGCGCCCGGAAGUUCAGCCAACUUGGAGCCCGGGAGAGGUUUGAAAACUACUGGAAACAGAGGACAAGGUCACCCGCCUGGUUUCGUAAUGUGGUCCCUACAGACAAGACUCUCAUAGAAAUCAUAAAAACAGGAUUUUACUUGAUUCCCAGGGCCAAGGACAAACACGAUCGGCGUUUGAUCAUCGACCGUAAAGGUGUACUGGACAUGACAACGGUUAAAAACGUAUGGGGUAUUGAUAACGUCUUUAGGGCCAUUUGUCUCUUGUGCGACCACUUAAACAGGGAUGAAACCGUUCAAGUCCACGGCCUCAGUGUCUUCAUUGACAACACAGACGUCACCAUGGGCCACUUCAGGACGUUGAUGGGACAGGAGCAAGGACGAAAUAUUAUGGAUUAUUAUCAGAACUCAUUGCCUGCGAGGGUAAAGGGGGUCCAUCUGUACAAUGAAUUGGCGCUCUUCGAUGCUGUCUGGUCGCUAGUAAGCCCCUUAUUGAAGCAGAAGACAAAGGAUCGGAUGCGUUUGCACGGUCAUAAUAUGACCAAAUUGUACGACGAGUUGGGCAUGGAGUGUUUACCGACGGAGUAUCUCCCCGACGACUACGACGGACCGUCGGCUGGAAGCUGUCAGCAAAUCAUUGACGACAUGUUGUCCGACUUACAGUGCCCUGAGUUCUGCAACUACAUGAAGGAUCUCUCAAGCGAAAAAUAUGGCGUCGACCUUGAUCAUCUCAAACAGAAUGAUGCACCUGUUGCCUCGUUCAGAAAACUCAAUGUUGAUUAACAUUAAUUGCAGUGGCUUAUGAAUGUUUAACUUUUAUACAUAAAGUUUUUUUACAAAUAAAAAGCAAUGGAAUAAAAAUUUCAAGAGUG